AAGUAAGGCCCAUUCAGUCCCUAUAGUUCGGCCCAAAAAAUCAGAUGUGUGAUAGCAACGAAGAAGUUCGGUAAUAAUUUUUGUUUCCGAAAAAAGAAGCCCAAAAUUCCGCAACGCAAUAACGCAAACAAGAAUCCCCCCACUUUCGACCCCAAAAAUUUUCAGACCUUAAUCGGCUUUUAAUCGGGUAGUGUAAGUAGUGUACUAAGUAAGUGUCAUAUCGAAGCAAUGUCGAAGGCUACCAAACUGCGGUUCGCACUGAUCACCGAGGAUGUCCUGGACAAGCUGAGGCCCCGAUCCCAGUCGGAGAGUGUGCGAUCCAGCUACAUGAACGAGAUAUACACGGCCAUCAGGACGGCGGUGAACGAGGUUGUGGACGAGAAGCUGCAGCAGAUGAGCGAGAGCCUCAACCGGAUGGUGGACGAGAAGGUGGAAAGGAUACUGGAGAGGCGGCAGCCGAGUCGCGUUCAGCGACAACGCAACCAGGCAUCGGGCUUCGGCGGUCAGUAUCAGCCGCCGGGCUGUCAGCGCCGCAAGGAUGUCAAGGACAAGGAAAAGGAAAACGACGGCAAGGACGGAAGUAGCGCUAAGGAGCGCAAAGAUCUCAAGGAUCUGGGGAAGGAACUCAAGGAGCCCAGAUCAAAGGUGGCCAUGGCAGUGCCCCUGGAAUCGGCUCAACGUCGCCGGCAUAAGAAGGCCGGCCAGGAUGCCGUGACCGCCUCAGAGGGUGAGCUCGUGAGGAAGUCGGUUAGGACGACGCGUCAUCAGCGGGUCACCGUUCAGCCCAUUCACCGGGAACUGCAUCAGGACAAGGGCAUGAAUGUCCCAUCGAAGACUGGGAAUAUGAAUCAGGUGCCACUCUCGGCCUCGGCCUCCGCCCCGCCCCCUUCACUGGCAAUAUCGCCCACUCAAAUCCUCAGCUCGAUGGAUAACAACAGUCUCGAGGAUGACUUCUCCGACGUGGAGGAGCCCUCGAUCCUGACCAUUGCCGCUAGGUAUUUGAAGCAGCUGGAGGAGUCGCGACGCCGCAAACUACAAAAUCAACAGCAACAGCAACAGCAGUAUCAUGCAUCGUCCUGAUGACAGGACAUACAUUUGGACAUACAGUUAACAUCCUGCAGACUUACUGCAGAUUAACUGCAAGGAGACUGCAAGGAUCCAGUAUUCAAAUUAGUCCUGACAUCAUUUUUGUUACCUUUUUGAGCUCGAAGCGCCUUUCGAAUCUCCCUCCCAGAGCACAGCAUGGUUACCAAAAGGAAAACUGAUCUCAAGGAUGAGUGCAAGACUUUCUAAUUGGGAAAACGAUCCAAAUUUAUGAUGGCAUUAUAAACACUUAGGACGCAUUAAAUUUCUACCUUAUUUUUAAA